AUGCGGCCUUGGUGGGGACCUCUGGACCCACAUCCUUCACCGGACCCGCCUGCUCCUCGUGUGCCCUCUGCCUGCCCAGAUUCGGGGGGUGACUGCCCAGGGCACCUCACUCUGGCCGGCCAGGGGCUCAGCCACAGCUGCUGGGAGGAAACGGCAAGGGGCGGUGGUCCUAGGUCCUCCUCCAGGGCCCGGGCGGCUCGCAGCCUCGAGGGAGGGGCCCUCUCCCUGUGCUUGUCCCUGUGGGCGUCAAAGUCUGCGCGCUCCUUCAGCCAGCUUUCCAGGCUUUUCCACCUCCUAGAUCCCCGAAGUCUCACCUGGUCGGGAAGAGCACGAAAAAGAACCGGAAGUCCGCCCCUGUCGCUCUGUCGGGGGUUCCGGUGGGAGCGUGGCCACCGAGAUGGGCUGCGUCUGUGGGCCGGUGUCACACUCACCCGGCCCUCACUGACGGGCUUGCUGUUGACAAGGACCUGGGACUCGGUGUGGCAGGAGGCAUGUGGGCAGAGGUGGCCCAGAACCUUCUGGAAGGUAGGAAGUUCCAAGAAGAGCGCUCAGGCAGCCGCCCUGGUGGAGGUGUGUUCCAGGCAGGAAGCCCCAGAGGCUGAGUGGCUUGCCCAAGGUGACCUGGGACCCAUCUGGAGCACCCAACCUCACCCAGGACAAACGCCAGCCAUCCUGCCUUCUUCGCACUCGGCUUGGACCUUUCUGCAGGACCUGGAAGAUUCCUAAGCACAGCCACGUCACUGCCCUCAUUCCGGUGGCCCCCGGGGACCCAGGGUGCAGGCACAGGGGCUGCCCAGGGGUCCUGGGGGUGAGGAGGGGAGGACAAUGAGAGGGGUGAGAAGAAAUGUCAAUCUCUCACUCACUCUUGCCUCCCUGUCUUUGCACCUGCUGUCCUGUUCUGGAAGGUUCUCUCUUCCAUCGCCCCUUGCCACCACACCCCAACUCUUGCUCAAACAUCAGGCUGAGGACGAUCGCCCCCUCCCCCUCAGGGCAGCCCUCUUCCUUCCCCUCCCCCCUGCCGAGGGCUGAAGCUCCGGCACCAGGGCUGGAGUGAUGUCACGUCCUCACGGCCUGGGGCUUGCGGGUGGGGGGCUGUAACAGGAUGGACACGGAAGCACGAACGGCAGAAGAAAAAAAUGGCUGCGCUUGGACUGGUCACAGUCUACUUGGAGCAGGAAUGGGGACUAGCAGGACACAGCACAGAGGGGAGGCGACCUCUUCGCGCCUCGUCCACGGGCCCGGUGCCCAGGACGUGCCACGAGUCUUAGAACCGGACACCCAAAGGCAGUUUUCCCACCGAAACACCGGGCAGAGGAUUCAUCUCCCCAGAGAUGACCUACAAGUGGCCACUGAGCACACGGACAGACACCGGACUUGGUGUCCCCACCGAGGAUCCCUGGACUUGGGGCUGGAUUCCCGGCUGGUCCGCAGAGGGGUGGGGUCUCAGCGCCAGGACCUGGGAGGGGGGUUAGCAAGGUCAAGGCCCAGGGCCGUGAGCGUGGGGGUGGAGAGGCCCAAUCUCCUGGGUGUGCUCUUCUCUGAGUUACCCCCAUCACAGACCAGCAGGUGGCCGGGCGUCUGGGGGGCUCAGUCAGUGAAGCAACCGACUGCGGCUCAGGUCAUGAUCUCCCGGUUCGUGAGUUCGAGCCC